AUGGCCAUAGCGUCACCCUCCGCCAGUCCUGCUCGAGCAAGUCUCAGGAGGUCAGCUUCACAGAAGAAGAUUGUCGAUAUGACACUGGACAGCGACGAUGAAGAUGAGUCUCAAUCAGUCAAAUCCAAGCAAGUCAAUGGAACAAAGAGGAAGAGGAUUGAGCUAUCAGUCACUCCCUCAGAGACAGCCGAAGCAUCGGCAUCAGCAUCGGAUAACGACAAUGACGAAUCAGACGACGAAGAAUACGAAGUUGAAUAUAUAGUAGAUUCACGAUACAUCAAAUUCCGUGGGAAGCGGACAUUGGAAUACCUUAUACAUUGGACAGGAUACUCUGUGAAAGAUAGAUCGUGGACUGUAGCAUCACAGUUUGAGAAUGAUGAUCCACCCGUGCUCCAAUUCUAUAAAAAGAAGCCCAAUAAACCUGGUGCAGAAGCUGUUUUAGGGAAACCAAGUUCGUCAGCGAAGACGGAAAAAGCCUCUUCGUCAACGAAGCUGGAAGCUUCGCCAAGUCUUCGAGAAAAUGAGAGGAAUAAACAAAAAACCCAAUCUCAGGAAAAAGAAAAUGAAAAAGAGAAAGAGAAAGAGAAAGAGAGAUCCAAACCGAAUCCUGCAUUAGGGAUAAAAGGGUUUUUCAAAGUACUUGAUCCCAAACUUACUUCCCCUUCUAUUUCCACACCAAAGGAUAGAAGCAGAAACAAGGAUAAAGAGAAUAUCAUACCCACGCCUGAACCCACCUCAUCAGACGUCGACAUGGAUACUCCCUCCAAAACCAAACCUAGAAGUAGACCAAGUAAAGGGGUAGUAACGAAAAGGGUGAUUCAAAAGAAAGAUACGAAAGAACCUCCUGCCAAAAGACGAAAGGCCGCCCCACCUACGCCGACUCCUGCCGACGACGAUGAUGAGCCGCAGUCCUCCAGUGAUGAAGACGAGGGAAGCGAUUUCGUCAUGGGCGAGGAGGCUGGCGAUAAGGAGGAUGAUGGUGCUAGCGAUGAUGACGAUGGGGAUUUCGAAUCUGAUGCUGAGAGCGAGGCGCCCGAGGAGGAGCAGGAGGAGGAUGAGCCUGAGGAGGAAGAUGUUAAGAAAUCCACUUCAACUGCGAGAAAAGUCGGAGGGUGGGGCGUGAAAUUCAACGCUCCCAAAAAAGCACCUGUGAACCUUAAGGGAUAUAAGACCGGUGUAAAAUCUUUGGGUCAGAAAUUAGAUAUCAGGAAUGCUAUCAAAAACAUGAGUGAAGAUUUACCACCCAUGAAUGACAUUGAAGUCAUGUUCGAUCAUUUGGUGUCUAGAAUGCCUGACAUCGUGCAAUUGGUGAAGAGACUGAAUGGAAGGAAACUGAGAGUAGCUACCAUGUGCUCUGGUACCGAAUCUCCUCUGCUCGCACUCAAUAUGAUCGCCAAAGCUAUCAAAGCCCAACACGACUUGACCUUGUCUUUCGACCACGUCUUCUCAUGUGAAAUCGAGCCUUUCAAGCAAGCCUAUAUCGAACGGAAUUUCGCUCCUCCAGUAUUGUUCAGAGAUGUUACUGAGUUGGGAAAGAAGAAGGCACAUACAGCUUACGGGUCACUAGUGGAAGUACCUGGCAAUGUCGAUAUCCUCAUUGCUGGUACAUCAUGUGUCGACUACUCCAAUCUGAACAACGUGCAACAAGAUAUCGAUGCAAAUGGUGAAUCAGGACGAACUUUCCGAGGAAUGCUUCAAUGGGUCAAGAAACACCAACCACCUGUGGUCAUCUUAGAGAAUGUGUGUAAUGCACCGUGGGACAAGGUGGUAGCUUAUUUCGCUCAGAUCGAUUACGAUGCGCAGUAUACACGACUCGACACUAAAGAGUUCUAUAUCCCUCACACUCGUACCCGAGUAUACCUCUUCGCAACCCCUUGCAAAAAGAACGACAGUUCUCACCUAGCCGAGAAGUGGGCCACGACCGUCAAAGAUCUGCGUAGACCUUGGUCAUCUCCCUUCGAAGCUUUCCUACUCCACACGGACGAUCCUAACAUCCACCGAGCCAGACUUGAUCUAGCUUCAGCUAAGGAGCAAAAGGACGGUACUCAACGAAAGGCGACUGAUUGGGGUCGAUGUGAAUCCCGUCAUCAUCGAGCUCGUCAGGAUGAAGCUCUCGGUAUCUUACGUCCUCUGACUUCAUGGCAAGAAGCUGGUGUAUGUAAAGGUUUAGAUUGGACCUGGAACGACUGGUUACUUGCCCAAACGGAAAGAGUGUUAGACUUGCUGGAAAUCUCGACGCUCCGAAUGGCCAAGGAAGGUACCGAUUCUGGAUUCAAAGCCUGUAUUUGGAAUGUCAGUCAGAACGUCGAUCGUCAGGCCGGUUCAUCGAAGACCGCUCUUGCCUCCUGUCUGACACCCAAUAUGAUUCCCUGGGUCACGACUCGAGGAGGACCUGUGACAGGAAGAGAGGCUCUCGCACUUCAAGGUAUUCCCGUAAGAGAAUUACUCCUCACAAGUGAAAAUGAAGAUCAACUCGCCGAUCUUGCUGGAAAUGCCAUGACUACCACUGUCGUCGGUGCAUCGAUACUUGCUGCUCUCAAAGUCGCCGUAGACAAGGUUACUGCUGGUCAGAACGCUAUUGCAGAUGCAGCAAAGAUCGAAGAGGAAGCUGCUCUCAACGAUGAUCUCGUGUCCAAACGAAUUGUUGGAGAGGAUCAACUUGAAAAACAUGAUUUGGACUUGGCAAAAGUUGCCAAAGCCGAUCUCAUGGAGAUACUGGAUUUAGCGGAAAGAAGUUCAAGACAUUGUCAAUGUGAAGGUCAAUCCGGAACUGCCUCACCCAUCGAAGAAUGUACGGCUUGUGGAUAUAGGGCUUGUAAAGCUUGUGGCGGAAGACCGGAUCAUCACUACGCUCCAUGCCAGAAUAUCAGAGUGGAACCUACCGAGUUCGAAAAGCGAUUCAAGGAAUUAUUACCCAUGCGAGUCAAGAUAGCUGGUCUAUCCGAAUCAUCCCUAUCAACUGUCAGGGAGAAAGCAAAGAAACUUGGUAAAGGUACAGUAGAGGAAAAAGAUUGGAAACUUUGGACGAAAGCUGUGAUCGAAGGUAUCGAAGAUGCUGAAUUUAGGUUUAGAUACCUGAAGAGACAAUACAUCUGGACAGCUGUAUACGAGGCUCCCAACGCUACCUUGGAUUUAUUCUUACAAGGUCAAACCCCCGAAUGGAGACUUACGAUCAAAGCUCCCGCCACUGAACCGAACAACAGUAGACUCAGAGCACUUCUCCUUCACCCGGUAGCAAGACUACGAUUCGAUAUCAAAGGUCAAGAUGUUCUAUGCGGACCUUGGGAACUCUGCGUACCAUCUCAGCAAUCUUUCCAGAUCGAAGUGAACGGUAAGGGAGAGCUCGUGCCUACAUGGCAAGCGUCUUUAGGUCUUCAAGCUGGUUUGGAAAAGACUCGAAGAUGGUCUCAAGUUGAGUUCGUACUGCCCGAAGAAGCCGAAGCUGCUCUUGAUCGCAAAUUAUCCGGGACUUAUACACUCUUGCCUAAAUGUGGUCAAGCGAUGUCGUCACUACACAAGAAAGAUUCUGAUCCCGCCGAUAAAGGAUUAGCCCCCCUCUACUUCUUCCUCGAUCCCACGCGAUGUGGAGAAUCAGAAGAUGAUCCAUACGUGUUCUCAACGUCGACUGAGAGAUUGGAUUUCGGUACCGAACGAGCGGUCAUAGCUGUAUUGGAACCUAAAUGGCGGGAAAACUCUAAGCCUCAACAGAAGGUCAGAUUGGACGUUAGAGGUGGAUGGGUUGUCUGUGACGAAGCUCACUUGACCGCUGUAGGAGGAAGCGACAUUGCAGUAGUGCAAGAUCAACAGUCUGCCGAUCACAUCAAGCGAGACACGGCCACCUUUGCGAUCCCACCUUCAGCCACCUCAGUCUCAGUCAACCUUGCCAACGACGGUUGUACCCAUGCUUCUGCCCUUUUGUCAUGCAGAGUGCCACUGGAUCCUGCCCAUUCAGAGAGUAUGUGGAGACCUAACACUUGGGGUGAGAUCGAUCUGCUCCAUCAAGGUAAUGCGACGUUCUCAAACCUCGCUUGGAUCACGGAGAGAUUGCCUCCCUUGGACGAGUUGAGUAAAUGGACUGCUUUGGCUGAUGUCGACGCCGCUGGUACCGCUUGUGAACGGUGUGCGCCCCGACCACCCAAGAUCCACUGGAUGAAGAAAGCUGGAAAACUCAAUAAGAACGGUGGUAAGACCAAAGCGACCAUCAUUGCUUUUGAGGACAAGCUUGAAGCUGGUCGAUACGAACAUGCUCUCAAAAACAGACCAGCUCCGUUCGUCGUGCAACUUCGACUAGACAAGGAUAUCGGCUCUUUCCGGGUUGGUCUGAACAUCGUGUCGCUCGCUCAUCGAGCUCUCUCGCGACUCCCCGUCAACGAAAAGAAAGGUCAGAUCAAACUUUCUUGGAGAUUGACUCCAGGUCAAGUGGCCGAUGUACCUGAACCACCUCGAGUAUUCAUCUUGCCCAGUAACAAGCGAGAUCCCGAACACGAGCAACCCAAGGGAUUCAAGCUUCCCUUACGUGUAGAGCAACUUCGAUCCUUAUGGUGGAUGAAAGAGCAAGAAGCAGCUACUGAUAAAACCCAUACUUUUGUCGAAGAAGAAAUCUCAGAAGCUGCUCUGCCCUCUUUGGGAUGGAGAGCUGAAGGUAAAGCGGAACGACCGGUGAUGAUUCGUGGAGGUGUUAUUGCCGAUCAAGUUGGUUAUGGAAAGACCAUUAUUUCCCUCGCUCUGAUCGCUGAAAGUAGGCAUAUCCCUGCACCUGAACCUGCUCCAGCUGGGCUUAUCGAUCUCAAAGCCACCUUGAUUGUCGUUCCCGGACAUUUGAGUAAACAGUGGCCAAGUGAGAUCACUCGAUUCACAGGUAAAAUGUUCAACAUCAUCGUCAUUCAAAAUAUGAAGGAUCUACAGCAGAAGUCGAUAUCGGAAUUAUCAAAAGCCGAUAUCAUUGUCAUGGCUUCCGAGAUAUUCGAGGCCGAUGUGUAUUGGGAAAGGUUCGAAUACCUGUCUUCACAGCCUGAAGAAUGGUUGAACGAUAAACAAGGUGGUCGAUUCUUCUCUGAUCGAUUAGAAACCGCCAUGGAAUCGUUGAAAGAACAAGUGGCGAUCUUAUCUGAAAAAGGAUCGGAAACUCUACAAAGCAAGAUGAAAGAGAGACAGAAAAAGCUGAAGGAGGAAUCGGAAAAGAAGAAAGAAGCUCACAAGACUUCUGAAUUUGGUAAGAGGAUGAAAGGGAAAGCCUAUAGAGAUAAAUACGAUGACGUGUCUAGUUCGAAGAAGAAGACGAAUAAGUCGGUGGAGGAUAUUGAGAAGUGGGAAGCAUCGGAAGAUGAACUUAGUGAGGACGAGGAUGAACUCGCGGCUAUUCCUGUACCUACCUUCAGGAAUGCAAAAGGAACCGAAUCGUUUUCAAGUUCUAGUGUACAGGAUAAUUACAAGAGAUUAUCAUGUCCUGUAAUGCAUAUGUUCCGAUUCCGACGAGUCAUUGCCGAUGAAUUCACCUAUCUAGACAAGAAAUCCCUGGCUGCUCUUCUGCGAUUAUCUUCUUGCUAUAAAUGGGUCUUAUCUGGUACUCCGCCGGUCAGCGAUUUCCCUGCCAUCCGAAGUAUCGCUGCAUUUAUGGGUAUUCACCUCGGUGUUCCAGACGAUGCUGAGGGAAACGCACAAGCUCAAAAAGCCAGAGCGAAAGAACAAACUCAAGCUGAAAAGUUCCACGCUUUCAGAGAAGUCCAUUCACAAGCCUGGCACAAACGACGAGACGAUCUGGCACAGGAGUUCUUGAACAUCUUCGUCAGGCAGAACAUCGCAGAGAUAGAUGAUAUUCCUACUGUCGAACAUAUUCACCACGUCAAACUUCCUGCUUCUGAAGGUGCUGUAUAUUUGGAAUUGGAGCACCAUCUUCAGGCUUUGGAGAUGCAAGCACGAAAAGAGACCAAAUUCAAGAAUGUCACUCAGGGAGAUCGAAAUGCCCGACUUGAAGAAGCUCUCAUCGAUUCGAAGACAGCCGAAGAAGCUCUCCUUAAGCGAUGUUGUCAUUUCACACUCGAUUUGACCGACAAGAAAAGGGAUGCGAAAUCCGCUCAAGAAGCUUGUGAACAUAUAACCGGAGCAAGAAGCCAACAGUUGAUAGGAUGUGAAGAAGACCUCUAUGGAUCGAUCAACGAGGCUGUCGCUUUACAUUGCUGGAUCAGGAAGAAGGGUAGUUUCGGAAAGAGCGAUCCUGAGAAACAACAUUUCCAGGAAUGGGUAGAUGAUUCCAGUAACACCAAGAAACAUCAAGGUGAUUCGGAAGCUGCCGAAAGGCUAAUCAAGGUCCUGGCUGAAUGCGGGAUCAAGAAUGGGUUAAUACCAUCCGAACCUGUCAAUGGGAAACCAGCCAAGAUUGAAAAGGGAGGAAAAGUCGAAGAUGUCAAAUGGCAAUUACGUGAACAUAGUCACCUCUUACGAAAAUUAUCAAAAGAGUUGGUAGCUCGAGUAAGAUCUCUAAGAUUCUUCGAGGUCGUCAGGAAACUUCAACGGAAUGGACCUGAAGCGAAAGCAGUAUUGGAAGCUUCAGAAUGCGGGCAUAAACCAUCUACCCACCCAGAUAAAGAAAUGGCGGUAUUAUCGUGUUGUGGACACGUUUCAUGUCUGGAAUGUAUGACUAGAUCAGCAGAUCAACAACGAUGUGUGAAAGGAGAAGAUUGUCAUUCCGCCGUUAGACAUACGAAUAUCGUUAAAGUGAAAUCAUUAGGUAUAGAAGGAGAGUUGUCAUCAGGUAGAUUCGGAGCGAAAUUACAAAAAUUAGUUGAUCUCAUACACUCUAUACCUAAAGAUCAGAGGGUAUUGGUAUUCCUGCAAUGGGAAGAUUUAGCUGGGAAAGUAUCCGAGGCCUUAUCUUCCGGAAAGAUAUCUCAUGUGACGUUGAGUGGGUCAGUCAAAGCUCGAGCGAACACUUUGGAUAGAUUCCAACAGUCUGAUCCGGAAGAUUCAUCAGAAGAUAGAGUAUUACUCCUCAAGGUCAAUGAUGCUUCUGCGGCAGGAUCGAAUUUGACAGUAGCGAAUCAUGUGAUAUUCCUUGGACCGCUGUUCACCAAUUCCUUAUUGAAUUAUCGAGCUGUCGAAACUCAAGCUAUAGGAAGAAUCAGACGAUAUGGUCAAAAUAAGAAAGUACACAUUCACCGAUUGUUGGCGUUGGAUACGAUUGAUAUGACCAUCUUCGAAUCAAGAAGGAACGAGUUGAUGGCUAAACCUGAUUACGAACAGGUACCGAUAGAAGAAUAUAAAGGGAAAAAUUAG